AUGCCGCGCGCGCCCCGGUGCCGCGCCGUACGCGCCUUGUUGCGGGGCCGCUACCGGGAGGUGCUACCGCUGGACACCUUCGUGCGGCGCCUGGGUCCCCAGGGCCGGUGCCUCGUGCAGCCGGGGGACCCGAUGGCCUUUCGCGCCCUGGUGGCCCAGUGCCUGGUGUGUGUGCCCUGGGACGCGCAGCCACCCCCCGUCGCCCCGGACUUCCGUCAGGUGUCCUGCCUGAAGGAGCUGGUGGCCAGGGUCGUGCAGCGGCUCUGCGAGCGCGGCGCGAGGAACGUGCUGGCCUUCGGCUUCGCGCUGCUGGACGGGGCCCGCGGCGGCCCGCCCAUGGCCUUCACGACCAACGUGCGCAGCUACCUGCCCAACACUGUGACCGAGACGCUGCGCGGCAGCGGUGCCUGGGGACUGCUGCUGCGCCGCGUGGGUGACGACGUGCUCACACACCUGCUGGCACGCUGCGCGCUUUACCUGCUAGUGCCUCCCAACUGUGCCUACCAGGUGUGCGGGCCACCCCUCUACGACCUCUGCACCACAAGACACGCGGGCGGGAGCCUGACGGGCCUCGGACCCACGCGCCAGGCCUGGAAUGGCGGAGGUGGCGGGGAGGCCGGGGUACCCCCCGGCUGCCGAACGAAGCGACGACGGAGCAGCGCAGGGGGAAGUCCGCCUCAGGCCAAGAGGCCCAGGCAUGGCCCGAUCCCAGAGCCAUGCCGGGGCCCAGGGGCCAGCGACCCCCGCGUGGUGACACCUACCAGAGCCGCCACGGAAGCCUCGCCUGGGGAGGGCGAGCCGCGCAGGCCCCGGCGCCCCUUACCACUGCUGGGCCGCGAGCGGGAGGCCGGCUGCCCUUUCUCUCGGCCCUCACGUCCCCAGGCCGCUCCUGGUCCCCGAGUGGUCGCCGAGACCAAGCAGUUUCUCUACUGCUCGGGUGGCAAGGAACGGCUGCGCUCCUCCUUCCUGCUCAACUCUCUGCAGCCCAGCCUGACCGGGGCCCGGAGACUAGUGGAAACCAUCUUUCUGGACUGGAAGCCCCUGCAGCGGGGGGCUCCCCGCAGGACGCGCCGCCUUCCCACGCGUUACUGGCGGAUGAGGCCCUUGUUCCAGGAGCUGCUUGCGAACCAUGCGCGGUGUCCCUACGGCGCGCUGCUCCGGGAGCACUGCCCGCUGCGAGACUCAGCCACUCCGGCCACCCCAGCAGCGGUGGAGGAGGCGGCGGCAGUGGGGUCCAGCAACCAGGGGUGCAGUGGAGUGGGCAUCAGCGCCCCGGAGGAGGACACUGGCCCGCCGCGCUUGGUCCAGCUGCUCCGCCAGCACAGCAGUCCUAAGCACGUGUACGGGCUGCUGCGGGCCUGUCUUCGCAGGCUGGUGCCCGCACGCCUCUGGGGCUCCAGGCACAACGAGCGCCGAUUCUUGAAGAACGUGAAGAAAUUCAUCUCUCUGGGGAAGUUCGCCAAGCUCUUGAGUCAGGAGCUGACCUGGAAAAUGAAAGUGCAGGACUGCGCCUGGCUGUGCCAAAGCCCAGGGGGUCGCUGUGUCCCAGCCACGGAACACCGUCUGAGAGAAGCGGUCCUGGCCAAGUUCCUGUGUUGGUUGAUGGGCACGUACGUCGUUGAGCUGCUAAAGUCGUUUUUUUAUGUCACGGAGACCACGUUUCAGAAGAACCAGCUCUUCUUUUUCCGGAAGAGCGUCUGGAGCCAAUUGCAAAGCAUUGGGAUCAGACAACACUUCGAUAGGGUGCAGCUUCGAGAGCUGUCGGCAGCCGAGGUCAAGCGACACCGGGAAGCCAGGCCUGCUCUACUGAUGUCCAGACUCCGCUUCCUCCCCAAGCCCCGCGGGCUGCGGCCGAUCGUGAACAUGGACUACGUCGUGGGAGCCAGAACGUUCCAUGGGGACAAGAAGGUGCAGCAUCUCACCUCCAGAGUCAAGACGCUGUUCAGCGUGCUGAACUAUGAGCGAGAGCAGCGCCCUGGCCUCCUGGGCGCCUCUGUGCUGGGCAUGGACGACAUCUAUAGGGCCUGGCGUGCCUUCGUGCUGCGCAUGCGGGCCCAGGACCCAGUGCCUCAGCUGUACUUCGUCAAGGUGGACGUGAUGGGUGCGUACGACGCCCUCCCUCAGGACAGGCUGGUGGAGGUGAUCGCCAACGUGAUCAAGCCCCAAGAGCACACAUACUGCCUGCGCCAGUACGCCGUGGUCCAGAGAACUGCCCACGGACGCGUCCGGAAGUCCUUCAAAAGACACGUGUCCACCUUCACGGACCUCCAGCCUUACAUGAAACAGUUUGUGCAGCAGCUGCAGAAGACGAGCUCGCUGAGGGACGCCGUGGUCAUCGAGCAGAGCUGCUCCCUGAACGAGGCCAGCAGCGGCCUGUUUGAUGUCUUCCUGCGCCUGGUGUACAACCACAUCAUAAGGAUCGGGGGCAAGUUUUACAUCCAGUGUCAGGGGAUCCCCCAGGGCUCCAUCCUGUCCACCCUGCUGUGCAGCUUGUGCUACGGAGACAUGGAGAGCAGGGUGUUCCCUGGACUUCAGCGGGACGGGGUGCUCCUGCGUUUAGUGGACGACUUCUUGCUGGUCACCCCUCACCUGACGCAAGCGAAGGCCUUUCUCAGGACCCUGUCCAGGGGAGUGCCCGAGUACGGCUGCAAGGCGAACUUGCGGAAGACGGUAGUGAACUUCCCCCUGGAAGACGAUGCCCUGGGCAGCACGGCCCCCCUGCAGCUGCCGGCCCACUGCCUGUUCCCCUGGUGUGGCUUGCUGCUGGACACGCGGACCCUGGAGGUGUUCUGUGACUACUCCAGUUAUGCCCAGACCUCAAUCAGAGCAAGUCUCGCCUUCAGCCAGGGCUUCAAGCCCGGGAGGAGCAUGCGUCGAAAGCUCUUUGCGGUGUUAAGGCUGAAAUGUCACAGUCUGCUUCUGGAUCUGCAGGUGAAUGGCCUUCAGACGGUUUGCACAAACGUUUACAAGAUAUUCCUGCUGCAGGCCUACAGGUUCCACGCCUGUGUGCUCCAGCUCCCGUUUAGCCAGCACGUUCGGAAGAACCCCUCGUUUUUCCUCCGCGUCAUCUCUGACACCGCGUCACGCUGCCACACCCUUCUGAAAGCCAAGAACCCAGGGGUGCGUCUGGGGACCAAGGGCGCUGCAGGCCCAUUUCCUUCUGAAGCAGCAAGGUGGCUGUGCUUUCACGCCUUCCUGCUGAAGCUGUCUCGCCACAGCGCCACCUACAGGUGUCUCCUGGGAGCGCUCCAGACUGCCCAAGCGCAGCUGUGCCGGCAGCUCCCGAGGAGGACGCUUGCCACCCUGGAGGCUGCAGCCGACCCAGCCCUGACCACAGACUUCAGGACCAUCUUGGACUGA